AUAUACCUGUCGGAAGCGCAUCGCUACUAGUAUUCGAGACAGCCAACCAGGCGGCAUUCAGGUCACGUGUUUGCACCACCUAUUCUGCCCUGUGUACGAACGUUUCUAUCCUAUGCGGCUGCAUCUCAAGCGUCCAACCAGGCAUUGUAUUGCCACCUUGGAUUACUACUCAUUGAAUUUGCUGACUGCGUCACAAUAUAACUGAGGACGCAUUUGCCACAGUGUUCAUGCCUGACGGAGGGGGAAGUGGCCCACUACAUUUCUGCAGCUUUCACAUGGACAAAACGGCGUUCCUCGUCCCAGCUCUCAUUGCUAUCGCCGCGGCCACAGUCAUUUUCUGGCUGCUAAAGCGUCAUCGCAGGCACAAGUUCUUCAAAGAUCUCGGAAUUCCAGGGCCGAAGCCGGACUUAUUAUGGGGAAAUUUGAAGCAAAUGGACCACAGACGCGUUGAGGCUUUCGUGCAGUGGAAAAAGGAGCACGGAAAGCUGUUCGGCGUCUACGUCGGGAGCGAACCUUUCUUGGUCAUCGCAGACCCACAAAUGGCACACGAGUGUCUUGUCAAGCAAGCGGCUAUAUUUCAGGACAGACCGACAUCUUUCGUGGACGCGGAACCUUUCAAAAGCAGCCUCUUCCAGCUUGGUGGCAGCAAAUGGAAGAACGUGAGGGCGGCAUUGAACUACGCCUUCAGUUCAAACAUGAUGAAGGAUCUCUCUACGGUAGCAGACCUUAGCGCCACUAGAUUUGCGGACAAGAUAUCUUCGAUAAGUUUAAGGAGCGGACACGUAGAAGUGUUCGAUCGUGCAUUGGACUUCGCUUUCGACUUCAUCAUGAACACGGUACUGGCACAAAAGGUGAAAUCUCAGGAGGGCGGCAACGAGCCAAUUCUGGAGUUCCUGAAGCAAGUCAGUAAGGACAUGGAAAACUCAGCCAUCGAAGUGGCGUUUACGGUACCCGCAGUACGCUCUGUCCUCACACUGAUAUAUCCAUUCACAAAGCAUGCUAAAGCGUUCAAAAACAUCACGAGCCACGUCCAACACUUAAUCGAACUACACCGUUCCGGAGAGCUACCGAAAGAACCCAGCGUGCUUCAGACGCUUCUGGGCGAAGAAGCCCUCAACGGAGCGCAAAAGAAACCUAGCAGGCGCUACAAACACCUGGACGACCAGUACAUAUCGUCUAAUGCGGCAAUAUUUCUCUUGGCUGGCACCGAGGCUACGGCUUCCGCACUUUCUUUUCUGGUGUAUCUCUUGGCAAGACAUCCCCGUGAACAGGAAAAAGUAGUCAAGGAGAUGGAGGACAUUUUUCCUUCCGAAGAAGAAAUCAAGUUUAACUUCAACGAGCUGCAUCGGCUAAAAAGAAUCGACAUGGUAAUCUACGAAGGACUUCGCCUCUACCCGCCCGUCCCACUGUACUUGAUAAGGCGUUGCUCUCUGGACACGACUGUUUGUGGGCAAUUCAUUCCAGCUGGUGUAAACGUGAUGGUUACACCGUGGCUUAUCCAUAACGACCCUGAAUUUUGGCCGGAGCCUGAGAAGUUCCUCCCAGACAGGUUUGCCGAAGAAAACACCGAAAGUCGCCAGAAUGGGACCUACAUGCCUUUCGGACUAGGGCCCAGGGUGUGCAUAGGUCAGAAGUUAGGGUUCCUGGCGCUGAAGUCAGCGCUCGUUAAAGUUGUUCGAGAUUUUAGGCUAACCUUGUGCGAUGAGGCCACUGGGCCGCCAACUUUAUCGGUUCCUAGCGUAAUACUCUUACCGGGAGGAGGAGUGAAGGUCAGGCUGGAGCACAGGACAACGAUAUCGUCGAGUGAGCGGUGCAAGACCGGCAAGCGUUUGUUCGUCGCAGCUUAGAUUUGGGAGAUAGUCAAUAAGUAAUUCAGGAAGUAAAUCAGCUUGACAGUUUUCAUAUCACUAUCAUCAUCAUAAGACUAUUGUAUGUUCACUGCACGACCAAGGCCUCUCCCUGCGAUCUCCAAUUAAUCCUGUCUUGCGCUAGCUGAUUCCAACUUGCGCUUGCAAAUUUCCUAACUUCAUCACCCCACCUAAUUUUAUGCCAUCCUUGACCGCGCUUCCCUUCUCUUGGUACCAAUUCUGUAACUCUAAUUGCACACCGGUUAUCCUGCUUAUACAGAUCCUAUAUUCACUGUAUUCGUGCGCUGUUGGGACUCGGGUAGCGUUUAGGCCGGUGAUCCUUCAGCCAAAGGGAUGAGUACGUGUGGGAGUAAGAGCGAGAGAAAAAAGGAUUUAUUCUACAUAUUUACAGUGGCUCCAAAUAUGGAAGCACACUCCAUGGGGCAGCACUUUCAAAGUCUCAGCUCACUACAUGUCUGAGCACAUAUCAGAAAACGUCAGGACACACCACUGCACCCAAAGUGUCUCCUUAUAAAACAUUCGUCUUCCCUAGUUGACCCGACUAGGGAAUCAGAUGACUAUGAUGCGGCCAAUGAGAGGGGUCGUAUUGUGCACUGAAGUCAGCCUCUAAUGUUGCACCUUCGAAGCAAGGACGAGGCAAUCCGGAAACAGGGAGUUCACACUCCUUCCACGAAAGUCGGUGACUCAUUAUUUCUUGCCCUCCGACGGUCAUCUUGCCAGGGUCGGUAGAAUGGCCUUCACGCUAAUCCCCGCUUCUAACGAAGGGUGGCGGUUGUGGUCGGUCACUUCUAAGUGAGCUCUCCUUUGUCAUCGCGUCACUGCCGGUGUCGGGCACUGCCGAGUUAGGGCGCUUGUUUGCCCGUCUCGUCGGUGUCGGGCACUGUCGCCGUUUGGGCGACGCUGAUGAAAGGGCCUGCCUCGAUGGGAAACAAUCAAAGAAUGCGCCCGGCCGAUUCGGGACGCAACAGCGCAUUUACUUGUGCCAGCCUCCCAAAAGCAUACAUUUGUUCGAAGAGAAAGAUAAUUAGAUGCGAACCAUUAAGUGUUGUUUUGUUGCCUUUCACUUCUGCCUUCAACUUCUUUAUGCGAAGCAUUCUUUGCGAGCUUCAGGUGCAUGGGGUCUAUCUAUCUAUCUAUCUAUCUAUCUAUCUAUCUAUCUAUCUAUCUAUCUAUCUAUCUAUCUAUCUAUCUAUCUAUCUAUCUAUCUAUCUAUCUAUCUAUCUAUCUAUCUAUCUAUCUAUCUAUCUAUCUAUCUAUCAUGCCGUCGUGGUUGUUUCUACAAAUAUAUCAGAUUAGGCAUUGGGUAUAGAAACUUGGAGAUUAACAAAGAAGCUCGAGAACAAGUUAAGGACCGCACAAAGAGCGAUGGAACGAAAAAUUUUAGGCCUAACGUUGAGACAGGAAGAAGGCAGUGUGGAUCAGAGAGCAAACUGGGAUAGCCGAUAUUCUAGUGGACAUUGAGAGUGGAAAAUGGAGCUGGGCAGGCCAUUUAUAAUGCGUAGUAUGGAUGACCGGUGGACAAUUAGUUUUACAGAAUGGAUACCAAGAGAAGGGAAACGCAAUCGAGGGCGGCAGAAAACCGGGUGGGUGAUGAAGUUAGGGAAUUUGCAGGCGCAAGUUGGAAUCAGCUAGCGCAAGACAGGGGUAAUUGGAGAUCCCAGGGAGAGAGGCCUUCGUCCUGCAGUGGACAUAAAUAUAGACUGAUGAUGAUGGUGAUGAUGAUGAUAUGACAUGCAUGCACACAUGAAUGACAUUUCAUGACAUCAGUGCCAUGUCAUAUUUGUCAUGUCAUUUAUGUCAUGACAUAAAUGGUAUGAAUGAUAUGCGUGCAUGACCUGACAUGGAUGACAUGAAUGACGUGGAUGACAUGUCAUGUGGGUCAUGGCAUAGAUUGCAUGACAGGCAUGCGCAUAUCAUGUUAUCGCAUCAAUCAUAUCAAAAAAUCAAAAUCAAAUUUUAAUUCAAAUACAUUUUCACAGAUAAUGUUUGCUGGUCAAACAUUAUCUGUUGAUCUAAUUAUGUUAUCUCAUGAUUGUCAUGUGAUAACAUAAUUCCCAUGCAUGCAUGCACGGCAUGAAAUUAUUACCAUGACAGGAACUUAUGCCGAUCCAGCGGACCAAGUAAUCUACUAACUUGGGCCGGCGGCUAUAUGCUCGUGUUCGUGAUGCCAUGUACGUCAUUGCAUCAUCCUUAAAGCUUCGUAAUGCGACUCUCGGCUCUGAUUCUCGCGUGCUACCUGCGCUCGAGCCAGGUGGCACGCGUACGAAAAUCCCGGCAUCCCAGCAGCAUUAGACUGAUUGGUGGUUGCAUCCGUUCAAGCAGCCAUUGGAAAGCAAGUUUCCCACGAACGCCGAGUUCCGAACGCCGGACAGCAACGCGCCGCCUCCUCGUUCCUCCCGAAGCUCGUACCAGAGUUUCACGGCCCUUGUCGUCUGACCAAGUGGCUUAAUCAAUCGUCGAGGCCUGCUCUUUCCUGUUGCACCGAGUUUCCAAGUAUGACAACCUUACACCGAAUUCCACAAUGACAGUGUCAGCACGGCUCGACCAAGGCGAACAGUGCACCACACCUCUCGUCCGAGUGGCUAUAAAAGGACACCGACUUCAGGUUGUGCUAGUUUCGCAGUCAAGUCACCCAUUUGUGCCCUCCAAGCGAUACCAUGUUUUCUGCGUUUCUUACCCCAUCUCACACUUCCGGGCCACUCGUUCACACGAAUUCGGUCGUUCGUAAAAAUCAUGCAAUCGUCGUUACCAUCGUCGUUCUCUUGCUGCUUUCGUUAGACACAGGAACUCCAGCGUUAAUUCUGGUUCACUGUACUCCCGUCACACGCAACUACCGGACUUAAACACAUUGGUCAACGUGGUAACGCUUUGCGGCACCCCAAACAAUGCUGCAUAGCAAGCUGCUAUGCAGCUUGCUAUGCAGCUUCGCAUAACGACGAUUCCCACUGUGCCUGGUAUCUCCACAAUGUUUUUUUUUCUUUUUUUUCAUGUGUUUGUAUACAUCUGUGAUUUCAUUAAAACACCUCACUUUAUACUCA